AUGAGCAACGGUUAUAAGCCUCGCGACAAUGUGGAGAGCGAUGAAGAAUAUGUGUCGGAAGGAGCCAAAGCAUGGCUGAAGAGACAGCGUAGUAAGCUCUCCUCUACCAAUGGACGAAGUCAGCCGUCACAGAGCAAAGCAGAUGCUCCACCGACCACAACAUCCGUCAAGACUGCCUCGCAGCCGAAAUCGCCUCGUAAGCAGGCCAGUAAACGCAAGCGCAAAGCUCUGGGGGAAGACGCAGCAGCGGCUCCACCAUCCAAGAGAGUAAGGAGACAAGAGGAUUCGGAGGAAUUCGAUGAGCUUGACGACGAGGAAGACAUUCCACUAAGUAAGCUUUCACAGCUCCUCAAGAACAGUGCUCAUACAGGAAAUGCACCCGUCUCGAAAGGAGAGAAGGUCACCAUCGACCUUACGGACGAAGUUGAUGAUGAGAUGAAGCCGGAUCCGGAUGACCCUCUAGGCCCCAUCAAGUGGUUCCUCAAGUGCUCGGACUUACCAGUCCGCAAGUUCUUGAACGGACUGGUCAAAGGUGGCGUGACUAGUGGACAGGCUCUCCAUCAGCUGGUCAGGUUGCCUGCUUCAUAUCAAGACGACUUUCUGAAGUCAAUCAUGGUGGGAGGUGGAUGGACCUUUCUGGAGGUCCAACUAAUCAAGCAAGCAUUAUGCAACGCGCAAGCCGGUACCGGUAGCUUGAAGAUGAAGUCGUUUUAA